CCAUUGUUUCUUUUCAGCACGCGAUAGUAGCAACUUGCAGAAUUGACUGUUGGGGGAGAAGCUGAGGCGAUGCUGCCGGAUCUUUCUAUCCCAUUUUACUGCUAAACUCAGCCAGGAGCUGAGGGUGCUAGAGACUUCUGGAGUUUCAAUUGGAUUUUGUUGUAAUUCAUUCCUAAUUCUUGGGAGAGAUAGGUGGGCUAGAGUCUAGAUAAGAUAGCAAAACUCUGCCCCCAGAGGACUUUUUUUUAUUAUUUUUUUUAAAAUCUCCAGUUUCUUUUGCCAGUGCAAUUUUCGAAGGAAGAAAGGUUUGUAGAUCUCAUACGUUGUAGGUUCCAUACGUCCUUUUGGGGGAUUUGUUUCCUCAUUACCGUCCCUCCUUUUCCCUUCCUUUUCUCCGUUCCUGAGGUCUCUAGUGAAGUGACAUAGACGACACUUGCCCGGCUGUAUUUGACGUUGGGACUCACACUUUUUCCUCUCUCGUGACAGUGCUAGUAGUAGUAGGGGAGAGGGGGGACGCAGGUGUUGGCACUCGGUAAACGGCAGGUUUCCUGGGACCAUUCGGAACAGUCUAGAGCCACUGCAGCUGUCCAGGAGUUGCUGUUAUCGGGACUCUAGGAGCCAGAGCAAAGUCACCGCAGCUGGAGAGAGAACAAGCUAUCGGAGACCUGCCAACAACAACCUUGCUACCAGGACCAAGGAAUCAGGCUAUCUCCGGUAAGGGAGUACCAGGAGAGCCCGAGAUCCCUCCGGUUUCUCACAGUGUGCCUGCUCUAAGCUCCAACAACAUCUUCCCUUGGCUACUCACCGGGUGAGACCUCGGAAUCUCGGUAUGCCCGGUAAUCUAGACAAUUCAUGGAAGAUGCUGCUUUCUUGAAGGUGAACCCACAGUUUGCCUUUCCCAAGAGAGAGAAGGGGAGAGGGAGGGCGGAAGGAAAGAACAGAGUUGGUGUGCCUGCCUGGGUGUGAGAGGGAAAAGGAGAGAGAAAAAGAGAGGGAGAGAGAAAAAAAAGAGGCAGCUUAUGAUGAGGAUAAGUCCUUUCUCUGCAUUAAAAGCAAACAAAUCGAGACCGGUAUAAAAGAGGUAAUCGCUGCAAGAGACUCUUAGAUUCCGGUAGUUGAGGUGGACCUCACCGCUACUCCGAGGACCAGUGGCGGGGGCUAGCUGAGCUGCCUAAGGCUCCAGGACUUGGGCUUUCUCAAUCAACAAAUCUUUUGAUUACUUUGGCGCUGUGGGAGCAAAAAAAAAAAAAAUUUUAAAGAAAGAAAGGGGAAAAAAAGAGAGGGAGAAACGCGCAUCCUAUCCACCACCUGCUUUGGGGAUUCCGGGCUUAGAUUUCAGGAAAUUCCUGAAACCUCUCUUUGCCAUCCAAAAGGAGGAAAUACACUCAUACACUCUCUCUCUCUCUCUCUCUCUCACACACACACACACACACACACUCACACACACACACACAGACACGCGCGCGCGCGCACACAGGGUCACACUCAUACGCCCGCUCCAAGCACACACCACCAGACCGCAGGUCCCUAUGCCCCUGGAUGGUGAAGGCGGAUUGGGAUUUGGCAAGCGAUGCAAGAACUAUAAGUCUGGCGCUGGCCCCCGGAAGCUACUGGAGCAUCACUAGGUGUUGUCACCUGGAAGCGGGGCUGAAGGAUCGACAUUGUGAAACUGGCUGCUUAAGAAGAGCAGCAUCUCAGGUCCUAGCAUCUCAAAGGUGCUUGGAAAAUAGCUCUUUCUUGGGGAAUUGCCAACACUUACACAUAGGAUUUCUGUGCUUAAAAGGUCCACCAAGUUCUCCUCUUUCUACCAGCAGAGGGCAUGUUUCACAGCCCUGUCUCUUUAUGCCCAUCGACUAAAGGUUAUGAUUCCUCACUGAAGAUAAAAUUUAUUAAGAAGGGGAGUGACAGAGUCAGACCUGCAUUUUAGGCAGCUGUGUGGAGGCCAGUCUGACGAGGUGAGAAACUUGAAGCAGGAAGACCAAUUAGGAGGCUGCAUCAAUGGUUCAGGAUGAAUAAGAGAUACUUACAGAAAGCAACAAAAGGAAAGCUGCUAAUAAUAAUAUUUAUUCUAACCUUGUGGGGUAAACUAGCAUCUGGCGCAAACCACCAUAAAGCUCACCAUGUUAAAACUGGAACCUGUGAGGUGGUGGCGCUCCAUAGAUGUUGUAAUAAGAACAAGAUAGAAGAAAGGUCACAGACGGUCAAGUGCUCAUGCUUCCCAGGACAGGUGGCAGGCACCACGAGAGCCGCUCCUUCUUGUGUUGAUGCUUCAAUAGUGGAGCAGAAAUGGUGGUGUCACAUGCAGCCAUGUCUUGAAGGAGAGGAAUGUAAAGUUCUUCCAGACCGGAAAGGAUGGAGUUGUUCCUCGGGAAAUAAAGUGAAGACAACGAGGGUAACCCAUUAGCUAAGGACAAAUCAAGCCAGUUCUAAGGCUGAGAACAUUAAACAUAACCAAUAUCCGGAAUGUAUUACUUGAGAUCAACCAGAAGGAAGCUUUUUAUACUGGGGGGAGUAUACCCUUUGGUAAUACCCUCACAUUUUUCCCAAUGGGAUUCUUGGCUUGCAAUUAGCAACCCUUUGAGAUCAAAACUUCUACAAAAUUAACUACGAACUUCUUUGGGUUGUGAAGCUCUCAAAGAGGUUAGACAAUUCACACUUAUAAAUUGCACAUGCUAGAAGAAUUUAAAGUUGCAAUCCAAGGAGUUGAUAUGCUGGAAGAUGAUGAAAGAGAUGCUAAACUCUUGAGUUCUUGACUUCAGAUGUAAUUGCUUUUCAAGCUUCUGAAAGCAGUCUACAAAACACUGGCUGGUCUCCAUUCCUGAACUCUAUGUUUCAUUGGCUGGUGGGACUGUACACACCUUUAAUAAUCUUUCUUCUGUAGAACUUGUCCUCUGGCAUGGCAUACAUUUGGACUUUUUGAUUUGUCUCUUAAUCUUGGAACUCUCAAAGCCUACAUAUUUUAACAUCUUAAAAUUGCUUUUGUUAUAGGAAUGGAAAUAUAUAUCUAUUGUUAAUGAUGAUUGUUGGCAAGUAAUAGUUAUCUGAUACAUCAAUCAUAUAAAAUGUGUAGACAAGCAGCAUCUUUCCUUCCCUAAGGCAAAUGGACUCCUCUAGCUCCUUGUCAGUUAAAUAAGUAGUGGUCAGAGCUAGAGUGCCAUAUUUAUUAUAAGAUAUUUUGACUUUAGAACAUUUCCUUUCAGAUUUCUUUUUUUUUUCUCUCCCCCAAAGUGUGUUAUGUGCUUUGGUUCCUUAAUGUGCCAUUCCCCCCCCCCCAAUUACACCAAUCAAAAAUAAUCUGUCAUUAAUAUUAAGUAGUCCUGAUUUUUAAAAAUUGCCAGGGAUGCAUGCCAGUUUAUAAUGCUGAACUUAGAUGAUAUUCAUUUAAAACCCCUUUUAGUGUUUGUUUCUCUCUUUUCUUUUUUUCUUUUUUCAAAAGAGGUCUCUGACUUGAACAAAAUGGUGAUCUGGAUGCUUAUGUAUUUGUCUGCUAAGUCUCUCUGUUGAUAGAGGAAGGAGUUCACUUCUCCCAGUCUCUAGUUCACAAAUAUUUGCUUACAGUUAUCCAACUCAAACUGUUUCUUAGGCCAGAAUUUUUUCUGCAUUUUAGUGGCUAGCUUUUGAAUUUGUGAUUUGCUGUUCCACAAAAAGUCUUCUAAAUAUUUAAAAAGCCUUAAACAUCUAUGAACUUGUUUUCUAAGUUAUUACAGAAUGUAUAAUUUUAUACUCCAUUUGCUAUAUUCCACUUGUAGCAUGGAAGCAGAGGAGAAUGGACAUUGCAUUCCUGUUCUGUAUCAUUUCUACUACAUAAUUCUGCAGGUGGGAAUGAAGAGGGUGGGACUUCAGUACUUAUAUUUUGUAAACAAACAUGAAGACUAUACAGAUGUGGGCCUAUUGAAAAUAAUUGUGUGGGCAAGCUCAUUCAAGCAGCUGGCAUGAGGCAUCAAUAUGCUGGAGAAGCAGGGAAAAUCUUUUUAUUUUUACAACUCAUUGACAUGGCCAAUUAGACAUAAAUUGGGUUCCAUGAUGGAUGCGCACCCUGGAGUGCUUUGAUAAUUCACUAUAUGCAACACUUUUCCAAGACCAAUUCAUUACCUCUGCUGUUUUAUUGUUCAGGAGAGGUAAAACGUAACAAUUAUUGGAAGCUAAAUUGGAGAUGUAGACUUAUAGCAUUGUACUGAAGAAUAUUGCACACCAUCAACAUUUCCAGGGAAAGAGAUGUGUGUCUGCCUCCAUUUUAAUUAGAGUGGUUAUUAGGACCAGCUAGCUGGCUCUGAAUGUUUUUUUUUCUUUCAAUAAGCUGUAUAGAAUUGGGCAGAAAGGCAUGUGGGUUGGGGAGGGAGAACAUCUUUUGAAGGAUUAUCCCUUUUUUUGGAACAAUGCAAAGUGAAGACUAUAUUAUUUUGUGGGCUAUGCAUUUGGCCCCCAUUUGUUCUUGAUUCUGCAUCAUGCUUCUCCAUAUUGUUUCCUUUGGCUCUUCUUGAAAACAACACUGGAAAUUCUGUAUUAUAUACAAGUGUAACACAUGCAUAUCAAUAGGUGAAAUAAAUGGACUUUCAAAUAUUCUAACUAGAUUAUCCCCAGUAGAUUAAUGUUGUGAACUAUUCAGAAAAAGUGAAUAAAAUUGUGAUAUAAAAUUGACUCCCCUUCUUGGAUGUACACUAGUGGGGAUGUGAUUUCUCUUUUAUUUUAAUAAUGCUUCUAGCUCUAAUAAUAGCUAACUUU